AUAAGUUUAUUAAAAAUGAGUUCAUGGCUAUCGUUUUUGUUUACAUUAAUUCUAUUAAUUAAAUUCCUUUCGAUUUCUGGAUUGAAAAACUGUUUCGAUGACAACAAUAAUUUUUAUUGUAAAUUUGCUUCUAAAGCUCCGUAUCGAACUAUAGCAAAUUAUGAAGAUUCUCCAAUUAAAUUUUCUGGUUGCAGAGAAAAGAAGAUAUGGUUUCUAAUUCGUCAUGGAACACGUUAUCCAAGACGAGAACAAAUUCUCGACUUUAUCGAGGAACUGCCAAAAAUUCAAAAUUUCAUAAUUGAAAAUUUCCACAACAAUAAAACAAAAUUGAAUGAGCCGGAAAUUGCAAAACUUUCCAAAUGGAAAAUAACUUUUGGUCCAGAUUAUUCAAAGGCAUUGGCCGAGGAAGGAGAAAAUGAAAUGAUUGAUUUGGCCGAAAGAUUUCAAUCCCGAUUUCCAAGAAUUUUGAACCAGAAUUAUGAUAACAGAACAUACAAGUUUAAGUACACAACGACUGAACGAACUAAAUCGAGUGCAAAGAAUUUUGCACUGGGAUUAUUUGGACUUAAAAAAAGUCAAAAUGUUUUUUACGAGGAAGCACAGAAAGAUGAUUUGAUAUUGAGAUUUUAUAAAAAAUGCAAACGUUGGAAGCAAGAUAUUCACAAAAAACCCGCAUCAACAAAAGAGAGAGACAAAUUUAUACAAAGUAGAACUGUAACAAAUAUGCUUCACGAAUUUUCAGAACGAACUGGAGAAAAAUUAGAUUUCAAAACGGUUUUAAUUAUUUAUCUCGCGUGUUGCUUCGAAACAGCGUUGGGUCAAGAUUCACCUUGGUGUGAAUUAUUUUCUCUGAAUGAUUUCGAGGUCAUGGAAUAUUCGGAGGAUUUGAAAAGUUUUUGGAAAGAUGGCUAUGGACAUUCCUUAAAUUGCGACCAAUCUUGUACAACUUUAAAAAAUAUGUUCGAAUUCUUCGAAUCCGACAAAAAUCUCUCUGUUGUAUCGUAUUUCACACACUCUGGGGCUCUUGUAAAAUUUCUCUGCUUACUCGGAUUGGCAAAAGACGAUAUUCCUCUUACAAAUGAAUCUUUUUUGUUUCACAAAAAUAAUCGUUUUUGGCGAACGAGUUUGAUCGACACUUUUGGAUCUAACAUCGCUUUUAUUUUCUACGAUUGCGAAGCAGGACCGAGUAUUCUUUUUAUGCAUCAAGAGCGUAUCGUUAAACUUCCAAAUUGUCCCGAAAAUUUACCAUGUCCUGUUUCAAAUAUGAAGGACAUUUAUCCCGACAGUGACGAAGAAUGUAAAUUUGACGAAAUGUGUUCAGUAGAAAACUAAAGUGUAAACGAGGAGAGAAAAAAAGGGUCAACCCAGCAGCUGAGGUCUCUUUCUAUAUAAAAUAUAACAUCGAGGCUUUCCAAAUGCGAGAUAAAACAUCUCGAUUAAAUAUUUUCAUCUCGCGGCAUUAAAAGAUUUGUAUAAAUUUUGUAAAUGACAAAUUUUUUUGAAAUAAAUAUUUUUUUACUCAAA